GGCCGAACUAAACUGCUUCCGGUUUGUGUUUCCCUUUAAGAACAGGCGGAAGUGAAUUCGAGGGGGUGUGGCCUGUCUGUUGACAACUUCACGAGCAGGUUGUGUGUUCCAGCCAUGUCCUCUCCAGAGAUCUCCUCUCUCUCCUGGGGCCACAUGAAGGUGAAGGGAUGCUCCUCCAGCUACAAGGACUGUAAGGUGUGGCCUGGAGGCAGCCGGGCCUGGGACUGGAGGGAGACCGGCACUAACCAUCACCCUGGAGUGCAGCCUGCUGAUCUGGAGGAGGUGCUGCAGAAGGGAGUCGACCUGCUGGUCAUCGGCAGAGGGAUGAAUGAAGCCCUGCAGGUAGAGAGGAGCCAACACCUCAAAGAUCCAGACUCAAGGGAGGGAGACACAUUCUGCUCAUUUCUACAUUGAUCAUUUGAAUUAGUGUAAAGUUCAGGAAACACAUCACUGUCCCAGCCUGCUCUGAUUGGCCAGCUGCUCCACUCUGUUGUGAUUGGUCAACAACUUCCAGCUAUUGUCGAUGUCGGCCUUCAUCACCCUCUCUAUUGUUAAGCGUGUAUUAUGCAAAUGUGGGGCAGCAUGACGUGACAUCAUGAUGAUGUCGAAUUAUGGGAUGGACGACUGACGGGGUGUUUCAGGAGCUUCAGUGUUUUCUGCCUUUAACCACAGACCUUUUUACUUUGCUGAACUUUUAUAUUCACAAAAAACUUUAUAAAACACCAGAGCUAAGAAAAACAUGUCUCCUUAAUACUAUAUGUAAAGAAUACUACUAGUAUUCUAUCUGAUCAGAAUAGACUUGGAAGAUAUUCGAUAUAACAAAUUUAUAUAGAUAUGGAUUUAGUUUGAAGUGACCAGUUUCAUGGCGGACACUGUGUCUGCAGUGUGAGCAGCACGUUUUCAGAACAACACAAUCUCUGUAGUUAACAUGAGUGAAACAGAAGAACAAAGACUUGAAGGGUAAAAAUUCUCCGGAUCGUGUUUAUUGAGUAAAACAUGUGAAUCUGUUCCACCUGAAACGCCUCCUGGGUAACUUUUACUCAGCAACAGCGCCCCCUGCAGCCACAGUGGUGAUUUAUUGUGUUGCUUUCUG